CAGUCAUGUGACCACGACGUCAUCAAGAUCCUAGUACUGGUUUAGGAACUGAUCGUGUUAGCGAAGUGCUAUUCCGGGGAGCUCUAUGGUGUGAGGUGUAAGAAGAGCCGCAGCUAGGCAUGCUGACCAUGAAGCACGCUAUCCUCCUGCCACUGACCGACCCGGCCUGUGUCCUAGUUCUGCUUGCAACAUGGGCUUGCACUCCACUAAAAGGUGAUAUUGUAAAUCUAGAAAGUAGCAACAUAGAUGAACUUUUAGGUAAUGCAGAUGUUGCUUUAGUUAAUUUUUAUGCGGAUUGGUGCAGAUUCAGUCAGAUGUUACACCCUAUAUUUGAAGAAGCUUCCAACAUAAUUAAAGAGGAAUAUCCCGAUAGAAGUAAAGUUGUCUUUGCAAGAGUGGAUUGUGAUCAGCACUCGGAUAUUGAGCAAAGAUAUAGGAUAAGCAAAUACCCCACAUUAAAGCUAUUUAGAAAUGGAAUGAUGAUGAAAAGAGAGUAUAGAGGUCAACGUUCUGUGACAGCAAUUGCAGACUAUAUGAGGCAACAAAGAAGUGAUCCAAUUCGAACAGUUGAAAGCUUAGAAGAGUUGAAAACAAUUGAUCGCAGUAAAAGAACAAUAAUUGGAUUUUUUGAAUCAAAAGAGUCUGACAACUACCGAACAUUUGCGAAAGUGGCAAACAUUUUACAUGAUGACUGUGUCUUUCUUUCUGCAUUUGGGGAAAUUGCAAAACCUGAGCGAUAUAGUGGAGAUAAUGUAAUUUACAGACCAAAUGGGGAAAACGCUCCUGAUAUGGUAUAUUUGGGUUCGCUCACCAACUUUGACCUCACUUAUGCUUGGACCCAAGAUAAAUGUGUGCCUCUUGUGCGAGAAAUAACAUUUGAAAAUGGAGAAGAGCUAACAGAGGAAGGACUUCCCUUUCUUAUACUUUUCCAUUUGAAAGAUGACACUGAAAGUCUAGAAAAAUUCCAACAAGAAGUUGCACGACAGCUAAUUAGUGAAAAAGGCACAAUAAACUUCCUACAUGCGGACUGUGACAAGUUCAGACACCCUCUUUUACAUAUUCAGAAGAGUCCUUCAGAUUGCCCUGUAAUAGCAAUUGAUAGUUUUAGGCACAUGUAUGUUUUUUCCGAUUUUAAAGAUUUAUCGAUCUCUGGUAAACUAAAGCAGUUUGUGUUGGAUCUACACUCUGGAAAGCUACACAGAGAAUUUCACCAUGGCCCUGAUCCGACUGAUGUUGCACCUGGACAGCAAACUCAAGAUGUAGCAAGUGAUCCUCCUGAAAGUUCUUUUCAGAAGUUGGCACCAAGUGAAUAUAGGUACACCAUACUGAAAAGGGACCGUGAUGAGCUUUAAACACUUAGAACUACCUUGAAGCCUUAACAUACCAUGAUCAAGUUUCAGUACGGCAAAUAAAGUUAGCCUAUAUUUUGAUAAUUGUAUUUUUUAUUUGGGAUAAACAAACAGUAAUGAAUGGUUUAUUUUUAUUUGGUCCCACUGUUUGUAAAUAUGUUUUGUGUUAGUGGUUUCUCUCUGUACAGACUUUUAAAUGGAUAGAAUACAAAUUCAAACCCUGUAAACAAGCAGUCCCGUUUUAUAACUCAAAUGUGUCAUGACAAUAUCCAUGAGCUGAUCAAUUGCACUCCCCACCCCAUUAAAUUGGAUUUUUU